CUUUGUUUAGUUGCACAACUUGAAAGUUGCGCUUUUUAUAGGAUUAUGUUCUCUGGUCAGUAUAGAGAUAUUUGCUCUGACCGAGGGUGUGAAAAUUGUCGGGAUUUAUCAGAAAACGUUCAUUGUACCUGCAUUUCCAAUAUCAAACGGUCGAAACCGUCGUCUGAUACUGGCACACCUGUAGACCAAAAGAAAAAACGCUUACAUAAUAAUAAUAAUAAUAAUAAUAACAGUUCAUCAAUUUCUAUGGAGAAGAAGAAUUGCAUUGAUACAUUUACUUCCUGGUCGACUAGCGAGCAAGUUGACUUUAUAUGUAACUUGCUGUCGAAAAUUUCUCACUUUCAACAAAGUCAAAUUAAUGAUUUCCUAGAACCUCUCCUGAAGCGUGAUUUUAUUGUUGCACUUCAAAAUCGUGGUGUCCCCUAUAUUGCUGAAAUGAUUUUAGUCCAACUUGAUGCAUCCAGUCUACUUUCAGUUGAACUUGCUUCAAGAGGAUGGCAAUGGAGUGUUGCAAAAUAUCAACUUUGGCGUCGUCUAUUAGCUUGUCGUGUAGCUACUGAUCCAGUUUGGCAUGGUUUAUGUGAACGUAGAGGAUGGAUUGAAUUUAUCGAUCAUUCGGAUCCAGCUUAUUUACCUGCAUUACUCGAGAGACGUCGGAUUCCUAUAGGUGUUCGGCAUAAACUAACCGAAUUCUCUCCAUUCCUUGAUACUAGUUCUUGUAUGGAAUGUGAAGCAUCUAAACUUUCUCCGAAAUUAGAAUCACCUAUCAGUGUAAAUCGACAACAAUCUCUUGCGUGUCAAUGUCAUUUAGACAUGCAAAAUUCAUUUAUCUAUCCUACUGAUACACAUUCCCAUGUAGUAUCACGAGCUCAAAGUAUCCCAUUUUCAAGAGAUUCCAUAACUGAUGCAUCUAACGUACCGAGUUGUUCAUUAAGCCCAUACAAUUCAACAACAGAUGGAUCAAAUCAUCGUUAUGUGAAUCCGACUUCAUUUUCUAUGGAGACAGAUUUACACGAUUCAUUGUCUUAUGAGACAGUGAUGUUUGCGCAUCGUUUCUAUAAACAACUUUAUCCUCGUAUAAUUCGUGAUAUUGCACGUGUCGAAGAUAAUUGGACUCGUGGUCAAUAUCAUUUAACUCGGAUACCAUGUCGAAGUGAUGUUACAAAAGGUGUUUAUUGUCUUCAAUAUGAUAAGCAUAAAAUUGUUAGCGGUCUAAGAGAUGAUACUAUUAAAGUAUGGCAAAGAAUACCAAAUAUUUGUACAAUUAAUAAAAAUAAAGGAUCCAAUUCUGAUUGUCCUUCUACUACUAAUAAUAUUACUACUAGCCCUAGUCCUGAUGAAGCUGGGCGUAAAGUUAGAGGAAGAAGUGAAGCUCCAGUGGCGGCGGCCGUGGCCGUGGCAGCUGCAGCAGCAGCGGCUGUUGAAGCGCCAAGUCAAGAAGGUUUUAAUGCAGCCACAUGCUCCGAUGGUUAUCAGUGUACACAAGUUCUUGAAGGACAUUCAGGUUCUGUGUUAUGCUUACAAUACAUUGGGAAUUUAUUAAUCAGUGGUUCCAGUGAUACAACUGUUCGUCUAUGGGAUUUAUCUACUGGAUGUUGUUUAAAUGUGAUCAAUCAUCAUGCUGAAGCAGUUUUGCAUUUACGAUUUCGUAAUAAUAUUCUAGUAACAUGUUCAAAAGAUCGUAGUAUUGCAGUAUGGGAUAUGGGUCCUUGGCCAAAAGAUGUUCAGCUGCGUCAAGUUCUUGUUGGACAUAGAGCUGCUGUUAAUGUGGUUGAUUUUGAUGAUAAAUAUAUUGUUUCAGCUAGUGGUGAUCGUACAAUCAAAGUUUGGGCUACAGAUACAUGUGCUUAUGUGCGUACCUUGACAGGUCAUCGUCGAGGUAUUGCUUGUUUACAAUAUCGUGAUCGAUUAGUGGUGUCUGGUAGUUCGGAUAAUACAAUUCGUAUUUGGGAUAUUGAAACUGGUGUAUGUUUUAGAGUUCUUGAAGGACAUGAAGAACUAGUUCGAUGUAUUCGAUUUGAUUCUAAACGUAUUGUAUCAGGGGCAUAUGAUGGUAAAAUUAAAGUAUGGAAUUUAAAAGCUGCUCUCAAUCCACGUUCCAAACCAAAUCAAUUAUGUAUUCAUACAUUACAACAGCAUACUGGUCGUGUGUUUCGUUUACAAUUCGAUGAUUUUCAAAUUGUUUCCUCUUCACAUGAUGAUACUAUAUUGAUAUGGGAUUUUGCACGACCAGCUACUGGUAAUGAAGAACGUGAUGACGGUUUCGAUGAUGGUAUCAAUGCAGCGUUAGCAUCAUCGUCACAAACUAAUUGUCUUUGUUCGCUACGAUCCGCUGCUGUACAAUGUCAAGUACAAUCAGACAAUAAUAAUAAUAAUAAUAAUAGUAAUAAUAAUGCGGUUAGUACUAGUAGUAGUAGUAGUACUAGUGGUACUAAUCAUAAUCAUAACAAUUCAACCCUGGUCAACAUUGAUAACAAUGAUUGUAUGAAUAGUACUGCUUCUACUAGUACUAGUACUGCUACCACUACGGCUGCUACCGUCUCUACUACGACUACUUCUACUAGUACUGUUACCAAUACCAAUUCUUCUUCUACUACUACUACUGCUACUAACACUCAUACAAAUACUACUGCUACGCUUAAUAGUAGUAAUAGUAAUGAUAGUCCCAAUAAUAAUAAUAAUAACAAUAAUUCCAUUCUAAAUUCAUCUAAGCCGCCUAAUUUUAUUUUAUCAACGAAUAGAAAACUUUAA